GCGGAUUCCGAUCUCGCGGGUCAAGACCUGGCAUCUCAGCAGUCCCUGUGCUCCGCGUGAUCGCGGCCGUCGGAUUCGAACAAUGCAAAGAUUUGAAAUUUGAGAAGCGAGAUUCCUUGUUCGUCGUCGGUCAUCACGACACUCACGCCUGAUCUCGCAGCGUCUUUCUGCUUUCUCCUCGUGACGCUCAGAAAUUUGAACGCUCCGCUCCGCUGCCCAGAUUGACACCUUGAGGUGCUGUUGCGUCGCCCAUGUGACUGCUGGUGCAUGUCCUGCAGCUCUGACCGAGUCGAUGAGACGCGAUUUUCAAGCAUUGAAUGUCUGAGCUGGGAUUGAUCGAGUGAUUAGUGUUACGCAAGGCAAUGUCUGGCACUGCGAAUUUACAGUUAUCGAGCAGUUGGGAGGGCGGGCAGGCACGGUGCCGUGGACAGGGUUUGCCAGAGGUGCGUUCUGGUUGUCACUGUGGUCACAGGUUGGUGGAGUUGAUUGCUGUCUUGAAGGGUGCUUGAUGUGUUCUUGCCGACGAGUCUCCUGAGGUUUGCGGGCUGUCGAGGUUCGAUCGAGCAGCAGUCUCGACUGAUACAGUUCAGAUUGGUGAAUUUGCUGGUUGUUUUCGCCACUGUUCAGGUGGCAUGCUGUCUUCAUGACGAGGAGGCUGUUGGGUCCAUUGUGUCCAAAUAUUUCGGUACUGCAGACAACUCUGUGAAUUAGAGCUUCUCUUGAGCACGAAAGCUUUUGCAGUUGUCAGCUUGGAUUUGCACCAUGUCUUUCGAAGCAGGGGGGGAACGCCCUCGUAGGGGCCGCCCCAGCAGAGCGAAUGCCAAAGGGUCUGCAGAGGUUUCACAGACCACUGGAGUGAAUAAUGACGAACAGCGACGAAAAUUGCGCUCGAGCUAUCGCGCUCUGAAACAUACGCUCGCAGAUGGGAAAGACGAAUUGGUUCAGUCUAAUUCUUGCAAGUUUGAAGAACUCUUUGAUCAAAUGGAGAGCUUGCACCAGCUCGUGGAGAAGCCUCGGGAGCAAAUAGCUGACGCAGAACUCUUUCUGGACAUCACAACUGGGCUUCUUGAGGUGGCGAAGGGCGCACGUUGCAAGAAUGGAAUGUCUCCGGCUGAGUUCGUUGGUGCAAUUAUGCAUAACUUUGGGGGAACAAGCAUAGACUGGAAUCUACUUGGCAUGGAGACGGGCAGUAUCUUCUGCGAAGCCCCUGGAGUGCUUACUAUGCUUGGUCCGAUGGAUAUUGAGGUGAAGCAGAGAAAGGUACCAGUAAGCAGGAAAAGGGACCGACCUUCGCAGAAGACCCGAGUUCAAGAGGUGGAGGAAGGUGAUGCCGAUAAAGAAAGCUGUGAAACGGAUGUCAACAUGCUAAUUAUGUUCAGAUUACUCAGCGAGUCCCCAGACGUCGAAUUAGAUCGACUCGUGCUCAACAGACAUUCUUUUUCCCAAACUGUGGAGAAUAUCUUCUGUAUGUCCUUUCUGGUGAAGGAUGGUAGAGCAGAAAUCAAGAUCAAAGAUGGACGUCAUUUCGUGGUCCCACGGAAUGCCCCAAGUCAUGAAGAACGAGGAUGUGGACAAGGUCUUGUACACAACACGCAGUUCGUUUUCCGAUUUGACUUCAAGGACUGGAUGUAUAUGAAACAGACUGUCCAAGAAGGGACAGAGCUUAUGCCCCACCGCGGGAAUGAGGAAGAAGCAGUGCCUCCUUCUAGAACAGUGAGAACGCCUAUUAGAAAAAACUCUCGAAAUAGAGCACGCGAAACUCCUUCACAGCAAGCGCCGUCAGAGGAUGAAGAUGAAGGAAUUCUAGCACGUCCGAGAAAGCAAACGGCGCUACUGAGUAGAUUGAUUUGAGAAAUCAUGAUACUCACGCUCCCUGCAUUUUCUGCGAAUUGUGUGUUUAAACUGGGAAUUUGAUAUAAUAUUAGGACUGUCUCGUCACCUGUACCAUACACAGAAUUUAUACACAAGACUAGAAGAGUUUUUUGAGGUCAUAGGCGCAAACUAGUGUUCGUAAAGUGCUGCCCACUUUGGUAGGGCUGUAAAUAUAUGCGGCUGUCCUGCUACAUGGUCUGAGAAAUUUUACACUCUUCCAUGUGUGCGAGAGAACACUAUCUCUGUGCAGUCUAAGUUAGUACUUUAAGAAGAUGUAGUUACGGCAUUCCGUUCUAGCGAAGAACAUGGAACAAUUGUAUUUAUCUCUACCCUUCUCUUUGGGAAUGAAAUAUAGGAUUUG